AUAUUCCGUACACUGGCAGUCUGGCACUCGCCCCCCAAAAACUCAAAACCUCUUUCGCCUAACUAGACAACCUCGGUCGUGUCAAUGAACAAACUUUCUCAUCCAAAUCCUCAGUAAAAACUCCCCGACGUCUCGUUGCAGUCGAUUCCUCCCCCUCCCUCCGGCCGCCACGCAAUGGGUAACACCUCCUCCAUGCUCACUCAAUACGACAUCGAAGAAGUCCAAAGCCACUGCAACAACACGUUUUCGCAGCAGGAGAUUGUGUCGUUGUACCAGAGGUUUUGCCAGCUGGAUCGCAGUAAUGGCGGUUUUAUCUCUGGUGAAGAGUUCCUCAACGUUCCUGAAUUCGCCGUCAAUCCUCUCUCUCUUAGGUUGUUGAGGAUGCUAGAUGGAUUGAAUUUUAAGGAUUUUGUGGCAUUUUUGUCUGCAUUCAGUCCACGUGCGAGUUUGCAACAGAAAAUUGAAUUUAUAUUCAAGGUGUAUGAUUCAGAUGGAAAUGGGAAAGUUACAUUUAAUGAUAUGCUGGAUGUUUUGCGUGAUUUGACUGGAAAUUUUAUAUCCGAGCAACAAAGAGAGCAAGUUCUGACGCGUGUUCUUGAGGAAGCAAGCUACACAAAGGAUUCCUUAAUAGUUUUAUCGGACUUUGUUAAGAUACUUGGAAACUCAGAUUUGAAGAUGGAAGUUGAGGUUCUGGUGGACUAAAAUAAGACCUGCACUCGUUUAACGAUACAAUGCCAAAAGUGUUUGUAAAAUUUGUUCCGUUGUUGAAGCUCAAGGUUUGAAUUCUUCUGGGGCGCAUUAGAGCAAUCUGCUGCUGCUUAAAUCGUUGGGCAUGUUUGUUGUACGGUACCUAACUUCUCAAUUAGACUAUAAAAAUCUGGUGUAAUUGCUAUUUGUCAUCUCCCUCAGUUAAAUUCCCGAAUGUGUUUAUAAUUUAAAGUUCCUCACAGAUCUCAUUACAGAUCAAUCGAAGAGAACUAGGUGAGUUCAUCUAAUUUGCCCUUGUUCUGCGCUUUUCCUCCUUCAUAAAUCCGUCGCUUGUUUCUUUCUGUAAAAUGGUUUCAAACAAUGUGUAUCGAGUCAAUAUUGGAUGACAAUACAAUUUAAGAUUCUCUUAAGAAAUGUAUAAUUAUUCCCCAAA